GGUGCCCGUGGUGAGUUCAGGGACUCUCAGUCUCAGAGAAGCAGGUGGCAAACAACCCCGUCUGCGGCCGCUCCUGGAUCUCCUCCUCUGAAACUCGGGCUGCAGCACCAUGUUGUGGACCGCCGGCCAGGUCUUCCGAAGGUUUUCCACCUCGUCCCAUUACUACCAGAACAAGCUGAAACUAGCCAUCAUUGGUCAAAGCUUGUUUGGACAGGAAGUCUACAGCAACCUGAGGAAACAAGGUCACAAAGUGGUGGGAGUGUUCACAGUUCCAGACAAAGAUGGAAAAGCGGACCCCCUUGCGGUGGCGGCGGAGAAGGACGGCACUCCGGUGUUCAAGUUCCCUCGGUGGCGGGUCAAGGGAAAGCCCAUCGCCGAGGUGGUGGAGGCAUACAAGUCGGUGGGCGCGGAGCUGAACGUCAUGCCUUUCUGCUCCCAGUUCAUCCCCAUGAACAUCAUUGACCACCCCAAACACGGCUCCAUCAUUUACCACCCGUCCAUCCUGCCGCUGCACCGAGGAGCCUCUGCCAUCAACUGGACUCUUAUUAACGGGGACAAGAAAGCUGGAUUCACUGUGUUCUGGGCUGACGAUGGUCUGGACACAGGACCUAUUCUCCUCCAGAGAGAGUGCACUGUUGAACCCAACGACAACGUGGACUCGCUCUACAACCGCUUCCUCUUCCCUGAAGGCAUCAAGGGCAUGGUGCAGUCGGUACAGCUCAUUGCUGACGGAGCAGCUCCACGAGUUCCACAGUCGGAGGAAGGAGCAAGUUAUGAAGGCAUCCAGAAGAAGUCCAAUGCCAAGGUCGACAUGGCCCAGCCGGCACUCUCCAUCCAUAACUGGAUACGUGGCCAUGACAAAGUCCCCGGAGCGUGGGCCGUCAUCGGUGGGCAGCCGGUCACUUUGUAUGGCUCGUCCAUGCUGGGUGGGUCAGUACCAGCUGGUCACCCACUUGAAAUUGAAGGAGCAUCCCAGCCGGCUCUGGUUACCAAGAACGGACUGGUCCUGUAUGGAACUGAUGGGAAAGCUCUUCUGGUGAAGAAUCUGCAGUUUGAAGACGGAAAGAUGAUUCCUGCAUCCAAAUACUUCUCAUCAGGAGAGAGCUCCAGCGUGGAGCUGACUGAGGAGGAGAGGAAGAUGGCGGAAGAGAUCAGGAACAUCUGGAAGGGGAUCCUCAGCAAUGUGGCUGCUAUCGAGGACACCACCGACUUCUUCAAGUCAGGAGCCGCUUCCAUGGAUGUGGUCAGACUGGUGGAGGAGGUGAAGCAGAAGUGUGCAGGUGUCCAGCUGCAGACGGAGGAUGUCUACAUGGCAACCACCUUCCAGGACUUCAUCCAGAUGUUCGUGCGCAGGCUGAGAGGAGAAGACCAGGAGGAGGAGCUGGAAGUCGACUAUGCAACCAAAGAUAUAAACAACAUGACUGUGAAAAUGCCGCAUCAGUGUUUCAUCAAUGGCAAGUUUGAAGAUGCUGAGAACGAAAAAACCUACGACACCAUUGACCCAACAGACGGAUCGGUGAUUUGUAAGGUGUCAUAUGCCUCGGUGGGAGACGUGGAUCGGGCUGUGGCCGCGGCCAAGGAGGCUUUUGAAAAUGGGCCCUGGGGCAGGAUGAACCCCAGAGACAGAGGAAGUCUGCUGUACAAGCUUGCUGACCUGAUGGAGGCGCACCAGGAGGAGCUCGCCACCAUUGAGUCCAUGGACUCGGGCGCGGUCUACACGCUUGCCCUGAAGACCCAUGUGGGGAUGUCCAUCCAGACAUUCCGGUACUUUGCUGGAUGGUGUGACAAAAUCCAGGGCAAGACAAUCCCCAUUAACCAGGCCAGGCCAAAUCGCAAUCUGACCUUCACCAAGAAAGAGCCGCUCGGUGUGUGUGCCAUUGUCAUCCCCUGGAACUACCCUCUGAUGAUGUUGGCCUGGAAGAGCGCUGCCUGUCUGGCAGCCGGAAACACACUGGUUCUAAAACCUGCACAGGUCACUCCGUUGACAGCUUUGAAAUUUGCUGAGCUGUCUGUGAAAGCUGGUAUUCCUAAAGGAGUCAUCAAUAUUCUACCUGGCUCAGGUGGCAUGGUGGGACAGCGCCUGUCAGACCACCCUGACAUCCGCAAACUGGGUUUCACUGGCUCGACUCCCAUCGGCAAGCAGAUCAUGAAAAGUUGUGCACUCAGCAACCUGAAGAAAGUUUCUCUGGAGCUCGGAGGGAAGUCGCCACUCAUCAUCUUCAACGACUGCGACAUGGACAAGGCCGUUCGCAUGGGCAUGAGCUCAGUCUUCUUCAACAAGGGCGAAAACUGCAUCGCGGCCGGUCGUUUGUUUGUGGAGGAAUCGAUUCACGACGAGUUCAUCACCAUGGUGGUGAAUGAGAUCAAGAAGAUGAAGAUCGGCGACCCCCUGGAUCGCUCCACAGACCACGGCCCUCAGAACCACAAGGCCCACCUGGACAAGCUGCUGGAGUACUGCGAGGUGGGAGUGAAGGAGGGAGCCACGCUGGUGUGUGGUGGUCGACAGGUGGACCGGCCAGGGUUCUUCAUGGAGCCCACUGUCUUCACUGACGUGGAGGACCACAUGUUUAUCGCCAAGGAAGAGUCGUUCGGCCCUGUCAUGGUCGUGUCCAAAUUCAAAGAUGGAGACGUGGAGGGUGUUUUACGGAGAGCCAACGAUACAGAGUACGGUCUGGCGUCGGGAGUCUUCACUCGGGACAUCAACAAGGCCAUGUACGUGAGUGAGCGGCUGGAGGCAGGAACAGUAUUUGUCAACACAUACAACAAGACAGAUGUGGCGUCGCCAUUUGGAGGAUUCAAGCAGUCUGGUUUCGGCAAAGACCUCGGAGAGGACGCUCUUUCGGAAUACCUCAAGACAAAAGCUGUAACGGUGGAGUACUGAUGGACUAAUUCAGAACCGAGACUCUGACUAGCAAAGAGACGCAUCAGUCUGCUGAGAUGGGACUUUUGUCAUUCAUCGGUGGAGUGGCCUGCGUGAGUCUGGGAGUUAUCGUCGAGCUCUGCUGAGGCUUUGUCUUUGUAAACAUCCAGGAGUGGGACUGCGUCGCCUGGCCUCAUUCGACACUCAACAACUAAUGCCUGAUUACACCACCAUCAUUUUAUCCAUUUUUAAGUUCUGCUGCUUUUGCUCCUCCACAACUGUGGCACCAAUGACAACAGUCCUGGUCGUCAUUCUCAAACACUGCACUUGAAAACAGUAAUUCACAAAUAUGCAUUGUGAACGGGAAACUUCAAAGUUUUGUGAGCCAUCCAUUCCUUAAUACAGCGCCCAGGCGCUACUAUGAGUCUCUGCAAGAUGACAGCUGCCUAACUCUAAAUCAUCUCCUACUUCUUAUUUUGAACCACUUGUAUCCAUCCAUCCAUCAUUUGUAAAGGUAGUUAAAAGGACUAAAGAGCAUCACUUUAUCAUUACCUGCACUAUAUUUUAAGUAACUUAAACCAAACAAAUUGAAAUCUUUUAUAGCAGCAUUUGCCAUGUAACCUAAAGUAGUUGAACUAAGAUGUUAGCUCAUUUUAGCUUCUACUUCUAUUUAAGUUUGGUGAGCAAUGUUAGCUUUCCAUGAUGAUUCAAUACAAAGCAUUACAAGUUUUUAACUCUGUGAAUUACUAUUUUCAAGCUACAUAACUUAUCGCAUUUGCAACAGUUUUCCCGAAUAUUGUUGCUGCAACAGAACACUACAAAAGACAUGAAAUAUUAUUCUACACAGGCAAUUCAUCACUGUAUUACAGAAGAUUUUUUUUCUUCCCCCAUGUCCACAUAUGCACCAGCAGUGACAUCCAAAGGUGUCUCACACUCCUUAUAUAGAGAAAUAUAUUAUUAUUAUUAUAUAUUAUUAAAGUUCUACUUUGAUGAAUUGCCUGCCGAGUGGCAUAAACAUAAUUGGUUCAGUGAAUGUAUUUCUUUCCUUCUCAUUAGUUAUUUUUGUCAUCUCACAAAAGGGACAUGAACCUAUGAUUUCACAUAUUUUUAAAGAAGUGUUGCACAGUGUAUUUUAUGAUUAGAAGGAACAUAUGUGUGACAUUAUUUUUAAUUGAACAGCAUCGCUCCCAUGCGUUCAGUAAAAAGGGCUAACAAGGCAAAUAUUCUUUGUUUAAAUAUGGAGAGUUGCUCCCGAAAAUCUGCCUCAAACUGUCUUAAAAUGGCCAUGUCAUAAGUAAAGUGGAUUCAAAUGAAAUUCAUUUGUGCGUGUGAUAUGUUUUCUUCUCUUAACUCUUUACUACUGUGUUAUUUGUUACAUAUCCAAUUUUGUUCAAGUUAUAUUAAAUAUCCAGACUUGCGUACUUUUUACUUUUUCAAGUGGUACUAGCAAGCACUUGCUUGUGCUUGCAAAUAGAAUAUUUUAGUGUCAUAAAGAACAAUUUAGC